UUCUCAUUCAAACCCCAAAACGAAAAACCGGCAGCAUUUUUGCUUGACAACAAGACUCAAGGAACUCGCGAUCCCCACUCGUCGAUUCCUGAACAAAAAAAAAAUGCAGACCAGUACCGGUAACAAUACAACCGGCAAGGUUGUUGGCCCAUGGCCAAGGUCAAGGUGGCUACUGGUGGGCGUGGGUCUGGGCGUGGGUGUGCUCGGCCUGACCGCACAAAUCCUGCUACGCCGCUCGCCCCCUUUCAGCCAGAUGUGGUCGCGUCUCAAUGCCAGGGCCUACUAUCGUGGUGGAUUCCAGGAAAAGAUGACGCUGCGCGAGGCAUCUCAGAUUUUGGGCACCAGCAUUAGCUCGCCGCCGGCUCGUAUCCGUGAGGCUCAUCGCAGGGUCAUAUUGGCCAAUCAUCCGGAUCGCGGUGGCUCACCAUAUUUGGCCUCGAAAAUUAAUGCGGCCAAGGAGCUAAUGCUGCAGUUUCGCAAAAAGAAAGAUGGCUAAAGGCUUGGCCCUGACUGUAGACCAAAUUUAGAUAUUAUUUUGGGGAUUUUUUGGAUACUUUUUUAAAUGUGUAAAUCAAGGCAAUGAGAUGUGUAAUAAAAAAAGUAAUUUUGGCUUAGU